CCCGCACUGCCGUGGGAACCCGGAAUCUUUGUCCAGCCGGAGGCGGUUCUGGGGCCGCGGCGGGGAAAAAUGGAGGCGCUGCUGCGGCGUGAGCUGGACUGUAGCUCGGUCAAGGCCACGGGUCAUUCUGGGGGCGGGUGUAUCAGCCAGGGCCAGAGUUACGACACGGACAAAGGGCGAGUGUUCGUGAAAGUGAACGCCAAGGCUGAGGCGAGACGAAUGUUUGAAGGUGAGAUGGCGAGUUUAACUGCCAUCCUGCAAACAGGCACGGUGAAAGUGCCCAGGCCUAUCAAGGUUCUAGAUGCACCAGGAGGUGGAAGUUUGCUGGUGAUGGAGCAUUUGGACAUGCGAGGCCUGAGCAGUUAUGCUGCAAAGCUUGGAGCCCAGCUGGCAGAUUUACACCUCUACAACAAGAAGCUUGGAGAGAAGCUCCUGAAGGAGGCUGGCACAGUGGGGAAAGGAAGUGCACAGACAGACCAGCCCUUUGUGGACCAGUUUGGGUUUGAUGUGGUGACGUGCUGUGGAUACCUGCCCCAGGUGAACGACUGGCAGACGGACUGGGUUGUCUUCUAUGCCCAGCAGCGCAUUCAGCCCCAGAUGAACAUGGUAGAGAAGGAGUCAGGGGACAGGGAGGCCCUGGAGCUUUGGUCUGCUCUGCAGCUGAAGAUCCCUGACCUGUUCCAGGGUCUGCAGAUUGUCCCCGCCUUACUCCAUGGAGACCUUUGGGGAGGAAACGUAGCGGAGGACUCCUCUGGGCCUGUCAUUUUUGAUCCAGCUUCGUUCUAUGGCCACUCUGAGUAUGAACUGGCAAUAGCCGGCAUGUUUGGGGGCUUCAGCAGUGCUUUUUAUAAUGCCUACCACAGCAAAGUACCCAAGGCACCAGGAUUCGAAAAACGCCUUCAGCUAUAUAAGCUCUUUCACUACCUGAACCACUGGAACCAUUUUGGAUCAGGGUAUAGAGGGUCCUCCCUGAGUAUCAUGAGGAAUCUUGUCAAGUGAGGCUGCCUUCCUCCUGGGGUGGGGGGUGGGAGGGGUUGGGGCCUACCUGGAGUGUGCUAGGGCCUGAGACCAGGUGUACCAGGUCCCCCAGGGUGCAGUGGUCCUGCUGUCCCUGCAGGGUCCUCACCCUGAACUCUUCUGUGCUUUUUACGUGGCUAGAGGGGCUUAAGACCAACUUAAAUGCUUAUUUCCAAGCCCUGUAAACCAGGUAACAUCUCAGAGGAAAGGUUUUGUGUUUCUAAAGUUGUACACUUUAUUAGACUUCAGAGCUAGAUGGAGCAGCACUAGAGGUGUGGCCAGACAGACAGACCUGUGAAGGUGAGUGGUACUGACUCACGUGGCUGCUGCACAGGUGCAGAAAGCAUGAGAAAGCUCACAGUGUGUGGGCAGGGGAUCUGGUGUUCUGGGAAGUGGCCAGUGUGUUGAGCACUGCUGCCCUGGGGCACUGAUGCUGCCUGAUGGGUAGGACUUGGGUCCAGGCAAGAAACCACCCUACUGAAGGCGUCUCACAAUGACCAGUUCCAAACUCAAGCACAUUCCCUUUUCUUUCUGCAUCACUGCUGGACUGUGCCUCAAGCUGUGCAGGUCUGUGCGCUAAUCCUGGGUGCAACCAGGCUGCUGGCCUGCAGUGUAGUGUCAUUGGGUGCAUGCAGGAGCCUGGAACCGCUCCUGUUACCCCAUCCUGUGUGCUGUUUUCUAAAACUUGCUGAGUUGUCGUUCCUUUGCAACAUAUAAGAUAAGCUAAUAUUUUCCUUCCUUCUAUGUUGUAGUGAUGAGAAAUAUUUCAUGAAUGGCACUAAUGCUAAUAAAUCCUUU